CACAUAGUUUAUCUAUUAUCAAGCCACAUUUUUUAAUGUCAGAGACAUAUGCAGACGCGUAUAAUCAAGCUCAAACAGACACUCCAUCAGAUAAUGAACUGCAUGCUUUAUGGGUCCCGCCUUCAAGAAAGAAAAUGCUGAACAUUCUCAAAAGUUCAAGCAUGGGAGGUCCACUAGAGAAAGAUAAGGAUGUGAAAGAACCACCAUUUGAUCUAUUAAUUAUAGGCGGUGGCGCUACUGGUACGGGCACGGCUCUCGAUGCUGCAACAAGAGGAUUAAAAGUUGCAUUGGUAGAAAGAGAUGACUUCUCUGCUGGGACCUCUUCGCGGUCGACAAAACUUGUUCAUGGUGGCGUUCGAUACCUUGAGAAAGCAUUUAAAGAACUCGACUAUGGGCAAUACAAGCUUGUGAAAGAAGCCCUUCAUGAACGUGCCACUUUUUUGCAUAUUGCCCCUUAUUUAAUUUACGAUUUCCUUGCAGGCCGCGAAUCUAUGGAAAGCUCACAUUUCUUGUCUAGUAGUAAGGCAAUUGAAGCUUUCCCGUGGUUAAAAAAGGAGAAACUCGUUGGUGCUAUGGUAUAUUAUGACGGUCAACACAAUGAUGCACGUAUGAACGUCGCUCUUGCAUUGUCCGCCGUUUCACAUGGCGCAGUUGUUGUAAAUCACGUGGAGGUUACACGAUUAUUGAAAGACAAUGAGGACAAAGUCAUUGGAGCACGAGUCAGAGAUAAUUUGAGCGGUGAUGAAUGGGACAUCAGAGCUAAAGGUGUAAUAAAUGCUACUGGUGCAUUUACAGGUAGAUUGACGUCACACGCGUAUUGGCCUAUAUUAGUCAAAGAACGCGAUGGUAUUCGUUCUAUGGAUAAUCCUAGAUGUGACAACAUUGUUGCUCCAUCUGCGGGUGUUCAUGUUGUCCUACCAAACUAUUAUAGCCCCCGAAGAAUGGGCAUGAUUGAUCCUUCUACAUCAGAUGGGAGGGUAAUUUUUUUUUUACCUUGGGAAGGAAGUACAAUUGCUGGAACAACAGAUUCACCCACUGAAUUGACGUACAACCCAAUGCCUAAAGAAGAAGAAAUACAAUGGAUUCUUAAUGAAAUCAGAACAUACUUAAGUCCUGACAUUGAAGUUCGACGCAGUGAUGUUCUUGCUGCUUGGUCCGGAAUUCGUCCUUUAGUGCGUGAUCCUGGUGCCAAAAAUACGUCAGAAUUAGUGAGAAGGCACAUGAUUAAUGUUAGCCCUUCCAAUUUAAUCACAAUUGCGGGUGGAAAAUGGACAACAUACAGAAAUAUGGCAGAAGAAACGGUUGAUACAGCUAUUAAAGUUGCACGACAUUUAGCUAAUAGUUAUGGUGAUCGUUCAUGGGCUGUUGCUGCAUUAGCACGUCCAACUGGCAAGAGUUGGCCAGCUUUUGGCUGCAGAUUAAAUCCACUAUACCCAUACAUUGACGCAGAGAUUACUUAUGCUGUCCGUCGAGAAUAUGCUUGUACUCUCGUGGAUGUUAUCGCGCGUCGUACUCGCCUGGCGUUUCUUGACGUUCAAGCAACUCUUGAGUCGCUUCCGCAUAUCAUUGAGAUUAUGAGCAAAGAGCUUGGAUGGUCUUCAGAACGACAAAAAAGGGAAUAUAAUCAGGCUGUUGAAUUUCUUGUCACAAUGGGUCUUCCUCGACCAAAAGAACAAGGGAAAUCUUAA